GUGAGGCUGCCCCGGUGCAGUAUGGAGGCGAACGUAGGGUCCACGCAGACUACCGGCGGCGCGUGCUCUGUGUUGGCGGAGGAGACCGAAAAGUGGAUGGAACAGGCGAUGCAAAUGGCCAAAGAAGCCCUAGAAAAUAUUGAGGUUCCUGUUGGCUGCCUUUUGGUCUACAACAAUGAAGUUGUAGGGAAGGGAAGAAAUGAAGUUAAUCAAACCAAAAAUGCUACUCGACAUGCAGAAAUGGUGGCCAUCGACCAGGCCCUAGAUUGGUGUCGUCGACAUGGCAAGAAUCCUUCGGAGGUGUUUGAACACACGGUGCUGUACGUCACCGUGGAGCCGUGUAUCAUGUGCGCAGCCGCUCUCCGCCUGAACUGUAAGAAUGAACGAUUUGGUGGUUGUGGCUCUGUUCUAGAUAUUGCCUCUGCUGAUCUACCGAAUACUGGGAGACCAUUUCAGUGCAUCCCUGGAUAUCGGGCUGAGGAAGCAGUGGAGAUGUUAAAGACCUUCUACAAACAAGAAAAUCCAAAUGCACCAAAAUCAAAGGUUCGGAAAAAGGAAUGUCAGAAAUCCUGAACUUGUUCUAAUGAAAGACUCGUGCUCCUGGAUGACAUCCUUGGACAGAAAGCUGUUGACAUUGUUGAAUCGUAUGUUUAUAUAUUGUCCUUAAUCCAUGGGAAAAUGGUUUUUCAUCAUUUGCUCUGUUAAGGGAACAAAUUAGCACUUUUAAAAAGUCUGACAACUGCAAACAACUCCUAGAUUUUCCACAAGCUGGAAGAACAUUUUUAAGAAGGGGAAAAAUUAAAGAUUGACGUUUUAUAAAUUAGUAAGCAGUGCCUGCUCUUCCUGCCAAAAUCAUUAUGCUCGGUCCAGGAAAGCGCUGACUUUCAGAGGAUGUGUAUAUCUGGACUCAGUUACCUGGUGUGUCUGCAUGGAGUACGGUGCCCUAUGGACACCUGGUCCAGGCCUGGCCUUUCAGACUCGGACCCUUCAUUCUUGGCAGCCACUAUGUUCUCCCAGGGUGUGGGGGGCAGGAUGUGACUUCCUUGGAAAUUGUAUAUGAAUCAUAUACAUAUAGGCCGUGAUUCUAUGGUCCUUAGAGCAGAUUUUUGCUUUUAUAAAGCAUUUAGAGAAAAUACGUACUGUUAAAACAAGUGCUUAAGUAUCAUUUAAAAAUUACAGCCUACUGCUAUUGUAAAAUCUUAUUU